AUCCUGCAUUAUAUAGGACUAUGUUGCGGAUCAAGGGUGUAUUUUUGGGAUAAUUCUGAUGUAAUGCAUAGCUUUAUUAUGUGGUCCUCAUAUAGUUUUAUAAAACAUACAAAUCUUUGUUCGAACCUGUUUAUCUUUAUGUUUUUCAAUGAUCAUUAUUUUAUUGAUGUGAACCGACUAGUCAUAUAACAUUUCUUAAAUUGUCACAAUUUAAAAAAAGUAUAUUUUUAAUUAAAAUGUUUAUUUACUUCAUUUUCUUUACUCGACAAAAAUUUUCUUUUAUUUUAGCUUUAAGUUUUCCGACUAAAUUAAAAAAAUCGAAAUUAAUUGUAUAAUUCAUCUGUUAACAUAAUUCGCAUACAAUGGGUUCAAUAGGUCCGGGUCCUGCUUAUUCCCUACCCCCAACAAUUGGCUAUGAAAAACAUGAUCAGCGCAAACAGCGUAGUCCACAAUAUACAAUGGGUGGUAGAUUGAAAGUUAAAAAUGUUAGUAUAACACCAGGUCCUGGUAUUAACACGCAAAAUUUAACUCGUUAUGGAAGAGUAACUAGUAAAGUGUACAGUAUGGCGGCUAGAACAUUUGUUAAAGAUACCAGAAAUAUAGGUCCAGGCCCAGCGAAUUAUGAUGUAUCAAAAAGACCGUAUGUAAAUAUCACAGCUCCACCCUCAUAUUCUAUGGGUCGACGUGAUAAUUUUCGUUUUAAAAAUAUAUGCCCCGGACCUAAUGCCUAUGGCAUUAAAGAUGGCGUAGUUAAAAAAUCAGCUCCGGCUUAUAGCAUAGGCAUAAAGACAGCUUUAAAAGACAAGGCCGGCUCUCCAGGACCGGCUAAUUAUCCUGCCAGUAAUUUAAAAGUAACAAAGUCAAAAGCACCAGAAUAUUCCAUGUAUCCCCGCUCAAAAAUUGUUGAUAAGUCUAUAGUGCCCGGUUCGAAUGCCUACGAUCGCACAAACUAUAAGCCGGGUAAAUCAUCCCCAGCUUAUUCUUUCGGUAUACGCCAUUCUCCGAAAGCACCACCCAUGAUAGUGUCUUGUGAUAAUGUAUGAAUUAUGAAUUAAUUUGGUUAAAAAAAGUUGACGCAGAAAAUAUGAUGAAUUUCAUUAUGUCUGUUUGAUUUGUUAUUAUUAUCCGAAUAUUUUUACAUUUUAUUUUCGGAUAAGAAUAAGUUUUCAAGUGGAGAAAAUUAUAAAUUAUAUAUUUUUAAGAAGUUUUUAUAAGCUUACUAGUAAAGAACAAAAUAGUUUAACUAAUUAAUUUUUAAAGUUUUGGAAAAAAAUUUUUGAAAAAAUUAUAAAUAAUUUCUAAAUUAAAGUGCAAUAAAAAAUUGAAAUAAAUUAAAAUUUAUGUGAAGUUAUA